UCCACUCGGCUUUGAUAUCUCCGCCUCCUUCCUCUCUCUCAACGGACUUAUCGAAGCUUCAUUCACUCUCCAUUUCUCUUAUAUCUCAAUAGAUCCUCCUUCUUUCUCUCGGAAAUUCCAGCUGUUCCUCUGGUUUCUCUACGAAGUGCCUAAAAGAUGCAAUCGACUCUCUCUCUUUCCUUCUCUCAAACCACCAUUCCCAGAUCAAACCACUCCUGUGAUGUCUUCUCCGGCAUUAGUCUUUCGAAGCCGAUAAAUCUCCGCUUUUGUGGACUCAGGAGAGAGGCGUUUGGUUUCUCGUCGUCUUCUUCCCUGACUCGCUCCAAUUCACGCCGACUCCAACUCCCCAGUCGGAAGCACGCAGUAUCAGCUUCUUUGUCUGGCAAUGGGACUCACUCGAAAUCGUUCGACUAUGAUUUGCUCAUCAUCGGAGCUGGUGUCGGUGGUCAUGGAGCUGCUCUGCAUGCCGUUGAGAAGGGGCUAAAAACUGCCAUUGUCGAGGGAGAUGUGAUUGGAGGAACUUGUGUAAACAGAGGCUGUGUCCCUUCUAAAGCUCUCCUGGCUGUGAGUGGUCGGAUGCGCGAACUACAAAGUGAGCAUCACAUGAAGGCUCUGGGUUUGCAGGUAUCUGCAGCUGGGUAUGAUAGACAGGGAGUUGCUGACCAUGCCAAUAAUCUUGCUACAAAGAUUCGUACUAAUUUGACCAAUUCAUUGAAGGCGCUGGGUGUCGAUAUAUUGACAGGUGUUGGCACAAUCUUGGGUCCUCAAAAGGUGAAAUUUGGGAAAGACAAUGUAGUAACUGCCAAAGAUAUAAUCAUUGCCACUGGUUCUGUCCCUUUUGUCCCCAAGGGCAUUGAAGUUGAUGGGAAAACUGUUAUUACAAGUGACCAUGCUCUCAAAUUGGAGACUGUUCCUGAUUGGAUUGCAAUCGUAGGGAGUGGUUAUAUUGGUCUUGAAUUCAGUGAUGUAUACACUGCACUUGGAAGUGAGGUUACUUUUAUUGAAGCGCUAGACCAGCUUAUGCCAGGAUUUGAUCCUGAAAUUAGUAAAUUGGCCCAGAGGGUUCUGAUAAAUCCGCGGAAUAUUGACUAUUAUACUGGAGUUUUUGCAACCAAGAUUACUCCAGGAAAGGAUGGAAAGCCAGUCAUGAUUGAGCUUAUUGAUGCUAAAACUAAAGAACCUAAAGAUACUUUGGAGGUUGAUGCAGCAUUAAUUGCAACUGGAAGGGCCCCAUUUACCAAUGGUCUUGGCUUGGAGAAUAUCAAUGUUGUGACACAGAGAGGUUUUGUUCCAGUAGACGAGCGAAUGCGAGUGAUUGAUGCAAAUGGCAAUCUGGUUCCACACUUGUACUGCAUUGGUGAUGCAAAUGGUAAAAUGAUGCUUGCUCAUGCAGCCAGUGCUCAAGGAAUUUCAGUGGUCGAACAAGUGACAGGGAGAGAUCAUGUGCUCAAUCACCUAAGCAUCCCAGCUGCUUGUUUCACCCACCCUGAGAUAAGCAUGGUUGGGCUAACAGAGCCUCAAGCCAGGGAGAAAGCUGCAAAGGAAGGAUUCGAAGUAAGUGUUGCUAAGACAAGUUUCAAAGCUAACACAAAGGCUCUAGCAGAAAAUGAAGGAGAGGGACUUGCUAAGUUGAUAUACCGACCUGACAAUGGUGAGAUACUUGGAGUUCAUAUUUUCGGGUUACAUGCUGCGGACCUCAUCCAUGAAGCUUCCAAUGCAAUUGCAUUAGGAACACGUAUCCAGGACAUUAAAUUUGCAGUUCAUGCACAUCCAACCCUAUCUGAAGUUCUUGACGAGUUGUUUAAAUCAGCAAAGGUUAAGGCUCAUGCUUCUAGUCCAGUAAGUGAACCAGUUGCAGUCUAAGGUUCUCAACGCUCAAAAAGGAAAAAAAAAAAGCGAAAUAUAAAUUUUUUUUGAAGAGUUUUGCUUGUAUUAGGAAGUAGCAAGAAAGCAAAGGAGGAGAAGAAAUCUACACAUCGACCACCCUACCGGAUUUGCUCGUGUCCUGAUCAUAGCUGUCCGUGAAAUUUUUUGCUGCAUCGUUGGUUUUUGGACCUUUUAUCUGGUGUCUUGUUAGAAACUUGCAUUCAUAAUUUAUUUCCAUAGAAAGGUUAUUCUCCAACUAAUUCUGGGACAUCAUUGAUGGAAAUCCCCAACUAAUUCUGGGACAACAUUGAUGAAAAUAAGAGUCUUAAUGUAUAUUUUUUAGUUUCCUUUUUGGGGGCUGCCUCUGUGAGAAAUGCUCUGGACACAGUCACGGGAGCUUAAGAUUUUGGUAUUAAGUUGAUUUCCUAUUCUCUUU